AUGGUAGUCCUGUAGCGCAGGGCAGCCUGUCAAUGAUAUGCCUGAUGAAAACCUUAAACGGGAACUGCACUGAUUAAUUAAUUAUAAUUAUAAUCCAGUGAUACAUUAUACUAAAAUGGGACAUUCUGCAUAAUGAGUACUUUUACUUUUAGUAUAUGUUGAUGCUAAUAUGCUACUUGUGUACUUUUCAAUGCAGCACUUUGACUGGUAAAAGAGUAUUUUUACACUGUGAUAUUGCUACUUUUACUCAAAGGACCAGGGGAUUUAGGGGAAUUUAUUGGCAGAAGUAUAAUAUAAUAUUCAUACCUAUCUUUUCAUUAGCUGGAACCAAGAAUCGUUGGGUUUUUGUUACCUUAGAAUGAGCCCUUUAUAUCUACAUAGGGAGCUGGUCCUCUUCCAUGGCGUCUGCUAUGUUGCACCGCCGUGUUUCUACAGCCGCCCAGAACAACAGUAUUACCAACUCUUUUUAUGAAAGUAGUUAGCAUUAGCCCCAACAGUUGUUAAAAGAUACACUUGUUUGCAUAUUAGUGACUUCAAUGUGCAUUAAUUUGCAUAAAGUGUUGUUGAAUGAGUCGCUAAAUUUGUCUCUAGUAGCUUUUUAAAAAUAAAGUUGUUAAGAGGGUCUGCUUAAUCUAGGGAUACAAUCCAAACACUGGCUCUAGAGAGGGCCUUUCACGUUUGUACAUUACCUGAAGGCCAACAUAUGAUUGGAAAGGGGAGAGGUGAGCAGAGGGGUAUUCAGCUGGUUGCAAUCUACAACCUCACCACUUGAUGAAUCCUACACACUGCGCCUUUAAGUAAAAGAAAGUAGCCGACUUCCCUCACUGCAGAAGACAUGUGUCACUUUCAUUUCAGUUCUUAAUAAGUUUUCUACUGAUCUUUUCUCUCAAACACUGGAGAAAAUAUUACAGCUGACCCUUUCCGUGGACUUAAAGUAUUCACGUGCUUUGUUAACGAUUCACAGGAAGCCCAUUUACUAUUUACUGUACAGCAAUUUCAGGAAAGCAGAGAUAGCCUUGCUAUCAUCUUUUUUGACACUGUGUGGUUGCAACACAGCGGGUCACCUCCUGGCUGUAACUCUCCUGCAGGGCAAUGAGCCAGUCUGCGUGUUCCUCCCACUAUUUUCCACUGAGCGACAAGGCUGCACAUUGUGCUCAGACCGGCCAGCCAGCCAAGGUUACAGCCGCUUCUCUCCCCGCCUCUAAAGGUAGGCAGUCCGCGGCACACAGCUGCAUCUCUUCAUCUACACUCAACAUUUCGCUCUCUAACGCAACCGGGCGGCGGGGUGACUUUAUGGUGACAAAUGGAGACCUUCAAUCAUAAACUGAACACUUUCUUAGAGUCAUGGAUGGGUCCCAGAGAUCAGCGGGUGCGGGGAUGGCUGCUGCUCGACAACUACCCACCAACCUUUGCACUUACAGUCAUGUACCUUCUGAUCGUGUGGAUGGGGCCCAAGUACAUGAAACACAGGCAGCCGUACUCCAGCAGAGGCCUCCUGGUGCUCUACAAUCUGGGCCUCACGCUCUUGUCCUUUUACAUGUUCUAUGAGCUUGUUACGGCCGUGUGGCACGGUGGCUACAACUUCUACUGCCAGGACACUCACAGUGCGCAGGAAGUGGAUAAUAAGAUCAUAAAUGUCCUGUGGUGGUAUUACUUCUCCAAGCUCAUCGAGUUCAUGGACACCUUUUUCUUCAUACUACGAAAGAAUAAUCACCAGAUCACGUUUCUUCACAUCUACCAUCACGCUAGCAUGUUGAAUAUCUGGUGGUUUGUUAUGAACUGGGUACCCUGCGGCCAUUCGUACUUCGGCGCCUCCCUAAACAGCUUCGUCCAUGUCGUGAUGUAUUCCUAUUACGGCCUGUCAGCCAUCCCCGCCAUGCGGCCGUACCUUUGGUGGAAGAAGUACAUCACACAGUUACAGCUGAUCCAGUUCUUUUUAACCAUGUCCCAGACAAUGUGUGCUGUCAUAUGGCCAUGUGACUUCCCCAAGGGAUGGCUGUACUUUCAAAUAAGUUACAUGGUCGUGCUCGUUUUCCUUUUCUCAAACUUCUACAUUCAGACUUACAAGAAGCACAGUGGUUCUCUAAAGAAGGAGCAUCAGAACGGCUCUCCUGUGUCAACAAAUGGACAUGCAAAUGGGACGGCAUCUAUGGAGCGCACUGAACACAAGAAACUGAGGGUGGAUUGACAUUUAAGAAACCGCCAUCUAAUUCUCACUGUAGCGUGUUAGCUAAUGCUGCUAGGAGGUAUCUUCUUAUCUAGAAUAGUUUAGCACUCUCUUGAGAUUAAAUAAGCCAUAGCCACAUACUGUAUAUCCAGAGACUUUCCACCUUUUUGCACACGUUCCUACUCAUGGUAUUAUUAAAAUAUUACCGAAGAGUUUUGUAGUAUGGUUGCACAAUAUUGCCUCCCCCACCCUCUAGAGGAAAUUCACUCUUUGCUACCAGCAAACAAACACACAUUUUGAUUCAUUCAAUUAUCCUUCACACACAAAAGGUCCAAAGAUAAAAACUCCAGUGAGUGUGUUGGCAGCUGAAGGUUUAAUCACACUCGAUGAUGUCUCUGCUUCAACAAUUUACGGGACUAGUACAAUAACACAGCGCCUACUAUGGUCCUUAAUGUGUACCCAGAGCAUGCAUGCACCUUGUGUCUUGCUUUAUCUCACGCCGGGCUGCGCUGUUGCAUAAUCCUAAAUUAAUGCUCAUUGUACUACUGUAAUGCAUUUGUAUUGACAGGUUGUAACAGCAGAUGUUUUGCUGUAUAUUUGCAGAGCAGGGUCUCAAAUUUAGAAUAUUUAGCCAUCUAACCAAAGCAUUACCAAAGCAUAGUGUACUGCAUUUGCUAGGAUUCGUAUUUAAAAACUCAAACUAAAGCUCAAUUCUCCUUAACAUCCCACAUGUUAUAAAAAUAUAACGCUGUGCUAUAAUAUCUACUGUAGCUUUAUCUAGAAAAAUCCAUUUGAAUUCAUUGAAAUUAAUUAAAUAAGGCAACGGCAGUUAGGUCUGCAGUGCAGCUGCUUAUUAGUAACUAUUUAGAUGAGGGAAUUGUUUCGUCAGGUAAUAUAUUGUUGUUGUUGUUUGGAGUCUUAAAUAAAUAGGGUGCCUUCUGGACCAGUUGAUUUGGUUUCCAAUGUAGCAUUUUUCAUCUUUCAAUAUGCUAUCACCAGAUUCAUGUUGGUAUAUUUCAGACUAAUAUGUGUCACGCUUCCAGUUCAAAUCCUGUGCCUGACUCUGUUUCCAUUUUUGAAUAUAUCAAAUGUCCCAAACUAUCAUUCCUAAUGAUUGACACAUACUAAACGCAACAGUGAUUUUUAUCUUAUAUUAAAUUGUUGGGAGAUAUGCUUUUCCUUAUUUAUUUUUAAGACGAGAUCAAUACUGUCACUUUAUGUAAUGAAGCUACACUACAGACAGCAGCCAGUUAGCUUAACUUAGCAUAAAGAGUGGAAACAGGGUGAAACAGCUAGCCUGGCUCUUUUGUUACCUUUGGAUAGGCCAGCUGUUUCACCCUGUUUCCACUCUUUAUGCUAAGCUAACCGUCUGUAGUCUCAUACAGUAUUUAGCUUACAGUGUGGUAUAAAUCUUCGAAAUAGGCCUAUAGCUCUCGGCAAGAAAGCAAACAAGCAUAUUUCCUGAAAUGUCGAACUACCUUAAACAUUUUCCAAAAACUGUCUCACAAGUGACAACAAAAAGUCAUUACAUUAGAAUUAAUUGUUUUUGUUUGGUGUAGAAAGAAGGUUGUAGUGAUUCAACUAUUUAUUCCUUUGUGAUCCUUGUGUUUAUGUUAUUUUCCUUUUACCUAAACCAUUGGCAGGGGCCUACACAGUAAAUGCUGUUAUAAAAAACAAAGGUACAAGCACGUUUGCAUUAUGAACUCUAUAAAUCUGAAACCCUCGCUGUGGAGCACUGCUGCGCUGCUCUACCAUGCUGAAUCAAUUUAAUGAGUUACGUAUGGCCUUAACCACUGAAUGAGCAUUACAUGUUGCUCAAAUGUAUAAGUGACCUAGAUUCACGUCCACUGUAUCAGAAAUGAUUGUUAAAUUCUAAAUAAUACAUACAAUGGCCACAUUGUGUCUGCAUGAGGAAUCUGGUCCACAAAUAUCUGCCCACAACAGAAAACCUGUUUAACACGCAUGAGCCAUAUCUACUCAGAAAUGUAAUUAUAAUUUAAUUAUUUCCAGCUACAUGCCAUCCCUGUUACAGUUCCUUCUUUGUACUAGGUGAUAGCGCUGGAGGUAACAGGAUUUUAAAAUUAAGAACUGGAUUAGCAUCAAAUUACACCACAUUGUAAAGGCCAAGGAAGCAUAUUGGUAUGUAGCCUAAUGAUAUAUUACAUACAUUUUAUAGACUGUUAAGAUAAAUAUAUAUAUUUUCUGAAAUCUAUGUGGUAAAUCUGGGUUAACAUUGUGACUCAUGCUUUACUCAUUGUAACACAAUAAAAACAA